CUCUUCCCCGUCCUUUCCGUGGCCUACCUGUUGGCCCCCAAGAGCAGGCUGGGACUGUUCAUUAAGAAGCCAUUCAUCAAGUUCAUCUGCCACACGGGCUCCUACCUGACCUUCCUCUUCAUGCUGCUGCUGGCCUCGCAGCACAUCGUCAGGACCGACCUGCACAUGCAGGGGCCUCCCCCCACCGUCGUCGAGUGGAUGAUACUCCCCUGGGUUCUAGGUUUUAUUUGGGGAGAAAUCAAGGAAAUGUGGGACGGCGGCUUCAAUGAGUAUGUGCACGACUGGUGGAACCUGAUGGAUUUUGCAAUGAAUUCUCUCUACCUGGCAACCAUCUCCCUGAAAAUUGUCGCAUAUGUCAAGUACAAUGGUUCCCGUCCAAGGGAGGAAUGGGAAAUGUGGCACCCCACUCUCAUUGCAGAAGCCCUCUUUGCAAUAUCAAACAUUUUAAGCUCCUUGCGUCUCAUCUCCCUGUUUACAGCAAACUCCCACCUGGGACCCCUGCAGAUCUCUCUGGGACGCAUGCUGCUAGACAUCCUCAAGUUCCUCUUUAUUUACUGCCUGGUGCUGCUGGCGUUUGCCAAUGGACUCAACCAGCUUUAUUUCUAUUACGAAACCAGUGCCUCGGAAGAACCCAACAACUGCAAGGGGAUCCGAUGCGAGAAGCAGAACAAUGCCUUCUCCACGCUCUUCGAAACCCUACAGUCUCUCUUCUGGUCCGUGUUUGGUCUGUUGAACCUCUACGUCACGAACGUGAGAGCCAGACACGAAUUCACGGAGUUUGUCGGGGCCACCAUGUUCGGCACGUACAACGUCAUCUCGCUGGUGGUCCCUAACAUGCUCAUAGCCAUGAUGAACAACUCCUACCAGCUCAUCGCAGAUCAUGCUGAUAUUGAAUGGAAAUUUGCACGCACAAAGCUCUGGAUGAGUUACUUCGACGAAGGGGGCACCCUGCCGCCCCCUUUUAACAUCAUCCCCAGCCCCAAAUCGUUCUGGUAUCUCUGCAAGUGGAUCCACAAUCGGCUGUGCCCAUCGAUGGACCCAGAGAACGACAAGAAGAGGCACGAAAACCUGAAGACAUUCACGGAACGUCAUGCCGACAACUUAAUUCAGAAUCAACAUUACCAGGAAGUGAUUAGAAACUUGGUGAAGAGGUAUGUCGCAGCAAUGAUAAGAAAUUCUAAAACCAAUGAGGGAUUAACUGAAGAAAAUUUUAAGGAAUUAAAGCAGGACAUCUCCAGUUUCCGUUACGAAGUCCUUGAUCUCUUGGGCAACCGAAAACCCCAGAGGAGAAGUUACUCCACCAGCAGCACGGAGGUCUCGCAGAAGGACGAAGGCCACGAGGAGUGUGCCGGAGAAACCUCCAAAGCCAGGAGUGUCUCUUUUGGGGUUUCCAACAAAAAGAAAGACUUCAACGUUUCUGCUCUGAUUAAGACCAUGGGGGGCGUGGAUAUGGUGACGGAGAAACCCAAGAGCAACGGGAUCAGUAAGCGCUCGUUUGUUCGCAACGGGAAUCGGGUCCAAAGGCUCUCCAGCUCCAAGAAAGAGUCUUUCAAGAGACUGGGUCUCCUGUUCACCAAGAUGAACGGUCAUCUAGCCGAACCCAGUUCGGAGCCCAUGUACACAAUUUCGGAUGGGGUCAUCCAGCCGCAUUACAUGUGGCAAGACGUUAAAUACUCUCAGAUGGCAAAGGAGCGAGACGAGAACUGUUCCAAAAGUGAAAUUAACCUCAAUGAGGUGGAAUACAGUAGGAACAGCAGGCAUACGGGGCAGGGACCGUGCCCCGCGGUCUGCACCAGCUCCCUUCACUGUGCUUCCAGCAUUUGCUCCUCAAACUCCAAACUCAUAGACUCCUCCGAGGAUGUUUUUGACUCAUGGGGAGAUGCGUGUGACAUUUUUAGGAACCAAUGGAAAGACGGGCAGGAGGAACACGUUACCACUCGCCUAUAA